AGCGCCGGGGGCGCCGCCGACAUGGGCCCGCCGCCGCCGCCGCCGCUGUGAGUUGCCUGCUUCCCCGCGGGGCGGCCGGCGUGGGCGGGGGCGGCGCGACCCUCCGAGCGCCGGGCAGGGGGCUUCCAGGCCGGCGCGGGGGCGGGACGGACAGCCCCACACCGACAUGUAACCAUGGACUGCAGGACCAAGGAAAAUCCAGAGAGAACCUUUGACUUGGUAUUGAAAGUGAAAUGUCAUGCCUCUGAAAAUGAAGAUCCGGUGGUAUUGUGGAAAUUCCCAGAGGACUUUGGCGACCAGGAAGUACUACAGAGCGUGCCCAAGUUCUGUUUCCCCUUUGACAUUGAAAGAGUAUCCCAGAAUCAAGUUGGACAGCACUUUACCUUUGUACUGACAGACAUUGAAAGUAAACAGAGAUUUGGAUUCUGCAGACUCACAUCAGGAGGCAAAAUUUGCUUGUGCAUUCUCAGUUACCUGCCAUGGUUUGAAGUAUAUUACAAGCUUCUAAAUACUCUGGCAGAUUACUUGGCUAAGGAACUGGAGAAUGAUUUGAAUGAAACUCUCAAAUCACUCUAUAACCACCCAGUACCAAAGGCAAACACUCCUGUCAAUUUGAGUGUGAACCAAGAGAUAUUUAUUGCCAGUGAGCAAGUUCUGAAAGAUCAGCCCUUCCUAGUACCGCAUUCCUACUUCAUUGCCCCAGAUGUAACUGGACUCCCAACAAUUCCUGAGAGUAGAAAUCUUACAGAAUAUUUUGUUGCCGUGGAUGUGAAUAAUAUGCUGCAACUAUACGCCAGCAUGUUGCAUGAGAGGCGCGUCAUUAUUACCUCUAGCAAAUUAAGCACUUUAACUGCCUGUCUCCAUGGAUCAGUUGCCCUGCUAUACCCAAUGUACUGGCAGCACAUAUACAUCCCAGUGCUUCCGCCGCACCUGCUGGACUACUGCUGUGCUCCGAUGCCAUACCUGAUUGGAAUACACUCCAGCCUCAUAGAGAGAGUGAAAAAUAAAUCAUUGGAGGAUGUGGUUAUGUUAAAUGUUGACACAAACACUUUAGAAUCACCAUUUAAUGACUUGAACAACCUACCAAGUGAUGUGGUCUCGGCCCUGAAAAAUAAACUGAAGAAGCAGUCUACAGCUACAGGGGAUGGAGUAGCUAGGGCCUUUCUUAGGGCACAGGCUGCUUUGUUUGGAUCCUACAGAGAUGCACUGAGAUACAAACCUGGGGAGCCCAUCACUUUCUGUGAGGAGAGUUUUGUAAAGCAUCGUUCAAGUCUGAUGAAACAGUUCUUGGAAACUGCAGUUAACCUCCAACUUUUCAAGCAGUUUAUUGAUGGUCGACUGGCAAAAUUAAAUGCAGGACGGGGUUUCUCUGAUGUAUUUGAAGAGGAAAUCACUUCAGGUGGCUUUUGUGGAGGGAACCCGAGGUCGUAUCAACAGUGGGUGCAUACAGUCAAGAGAGGAGGUGCACUGUUUAACACAGCAAUGACCAAAGCAACUCCAGCUGUACGGACAGCAUAUAAAUUUGCAAAAAAUCAUGCAAAGCAGGGAAUAAAGGAAGUGAAGAGUAAGCUAAAACAUAAGGAAAAUGAAGAAGAUUAUGGGACCUGUUCUGGUUCUGUACAAUAUACACCAGUUUACACAUUACACAAUGAAAAGGGAGGAAAUCUAGAAAAGCGUAAGCUUGCCCAGGGACGCUUGAAAAGACCUCUUAAGAGCCUUGAUAGUGCUCUGUAUGAUGACGACCAUGACGAGAGAGCAAGCAAGUUAUCCUCUGAAGAUGGAGAAGAAGCUUCUGCUGAUUUUUAUGAAAGCGAUGACUCCGUUGAAGCAAGAGUAAAGACUCCUUACUCAGGUGAAAUGGACCUACUAGGAGAGAUCUUAGAUACACUGAGCACACACAGCUCUGACCAAGGAAAGCUGGCAGCAGCGAAGAGCUUGGAUUUCUUCAGAUCAAUGGAUGAUAUUGAUUACAAACCUACGAAUAAAUCCAAUGCACCUAGUGAGAAUAAUCUGACCCUACUUUGCAGUGGUUCUGGUGACCAAGUAGAGUGGCAUCUCGGGCAAGAUGAUAGUGCCCUUCAUGGCAAACACCUUCCUCCAUCUCCCCGGAAGCGAGUUCCCUCUAGUGGUUGGACAGAUUCUCUGUUUAUCCUGAAAGAGGAAAACAAUGAAAAACACCUCAGUGUUGACAAUGUGAGGGGGCCCGCGGUCACAGAAAAGGCAGCUUCUGCUUCAGAACUGGAUUUCCAGUUAGCUUCGCCUGAAGUUUCCGAAGAUGAAAAGUGUAAAACAGAAAGGAAGGAAACACUAAGCCAGAUUUCAGAUGAUCUGCUUAUACCCAGCCUUGGGCGACAUUCAUCUACUUUUGUCCCUUGGGAGAAAGAAGGGAAAGAAGCCAAAGAGACUUCAGAAGAUAGUGGGCUGCUUCAUGAAGUGGUGUCGUUAUGUCACAUAACAUCUGCCUUCCAGCAAGACUUAAACAUUUCAGAGGAAAACACAAGUGGAAACCAAACUUAAAUCAACAGUUAAGAGUCAUGUGCAUCUAAGCUUCUAUGGAGACAUUUUAGGAUUCCAUGUAAUCUCUAUAGUAAACAGAAUUAUAUGUAGGAAUGACAGUUGUUGGACUGUCUAAAAAUUAUUGUUCAUUUGGAGCAUACAUUUUUCCCACUCAUUCAUCUCGUGAGUGUGAUUAUAUAUUGAUUGAUUUUUUUUUAAAUGUAAAGCUAAUUCUCCUACUGUGCUCUUAAAUCAGGUACUAGUUUGUAUGUAUGUUGGAAGUAUAUGUUGAACAUAUGAUUUCCCAGUAUUUGGUGCUUAAUGCCAUUCAUUUAUUUAAACUAAGUAUGCGUAUAUAACCCUUGCACAUAACCAGUAGCUAGUAUUCUAAUCUGGUUGAGCAUGAACUGAUCAGGAUAUCAAAACUUCUCAAAACUAGCCUGAAACUACUGAAACUGUUGACCCACUAACUGCCUUAAUCUUAAGCCUAUAUUUAGCAUACUUUAAUAAUUUAUGGAAUUACCUGUAAAUUUUGAAGAAUAAGUUAUAAGUGUUCUGCAGAGCAAUAAUGCCUUUUUCUAUUCAUUGAAUCAAGGACAAAAUUAAUUUUUCAAAGUUAAAAAGCUCUCUUGUGGACACUGCAGCCAUGUUUUCCAAAACGUAUAAAGGUACACAUUUACCUUUCACUCAGUGAAAUAUAUGAAGUGCUGAAUUACAAUGUGAAAUUGAUGACUUCUGUUUACAAAUGAGACACUUUAAAUUUUUUUCCCAGUCUCUCUGUAUGCCUUUGCUAUCUAGGAAUCCAGUCCCAGAAAGCCAAACAUAACAUGAACUAUCCUGAUAAAGAAAUAUUCCUAUCUUUUUUUUUCUUAACUAAUAAUUCUACAUCAAAUAUUUUUAUCAUCUCAAAUUUACUUUUUAAAAUAAUCGACUUUAUAGCUUAGAAGUUUUUGAUUUAUAGACAAAUUAUGAAGAAAGUACAGAGAGUUCCCAUACAACCCUAUACACAAUAUCCCCUAUUAUUAAUAUCUUACAUUGGUAUGGUACAUUUGCCACAAUCAGUGAACCAAUAUCGAUAGUCCAUGCUUUAUUCAGAUUUCCUUAGUUUUUCCCUAAUGUCUUUUUUGUGUUCUAGAAUCCCAUCCAAGAUACCACAUUACAUUUGGUUGUCAGGUGUCUUUAGAUGCCUCUUGGCUGUGACAUUUUCUCCAACUUUCCUUGUUGCUGAUGACCUUGACAGUUUUGAAGAGUACUGAUCUGGUCCGAUAAAUUGUAAAAUGUCCCUCUAAUAGAAUUUGUCUGCUAUUUUCCUCAUGACUACACUGUGAUUAUGGGUUUGGGGGAGGAAGAUUCCAGAAGUGAAGUGUCACUUUCAUUACAUCAUAUACAAGGUACAUAAUGUCAGCAUGAUUUAUCGUGAAUGUUCAUGUUGACUUUGAUAGCCUCACUUAGGUGGCGUGUGUUAGAUUUCUCCACUACACUUUCUCCCCUCCCUUCCUAUAUGGUAGUGUUUGUUUGGAAGGAAGUUACUGUGUAUAGCCCACUCUUAAGGAGUAGAGCUUAUGCUUCCUCUCCCAGAGGGUGGAGUAGCUACAUAAAUUAUUUGGAAUUCUUCUGCAUAGGAGAUUCGUCUCUUCUCCCUCAAAUUCACUGUUAAAUGUUGAAAUUCAUCUCACAAGGAAUCAUGCAUUGACUGCUUCAUGAUAAGCUAGUUUGUCAGGAAAAAAAAA